ACUUGUUCCACAGCGCAGGCGCAGACCGACACAAGCCCUGAUAUCAGAAGCUACUGACCGACUGGGAUACCCCUUGGUGUGAUGGCGAGCAGACGUUUCUGCUUGCUGACUCGGCCCGCGUGAUCGAGCCAGGCCCGGUCCAGCCACCAUCAUGACCGAGUGCUUCCUGCCUCCCAGCAGCAGCCCCGCCGAGCAGCGGCGAGCCGAGCACUCGGGCAGCGUGAACCGCACUCCCAGCUCGGAGGAGAUCAGCCCCACUAAGUUUCCGGGCUUGUAUCGCACCGGCGACCCGUCGCCGCCACAUGACGGACUCCACCAUGAGACGCCGGACGCUUAUGUCUCCGACGACGACAAGGAGCAUAGCAAGAAGAAAAACAAGUUCAAGAAGAAGGAGAAGCGCACGGAGGGCUACGCCGCCUUCCAAGAGGACAGCUCAGCGGACGAGGCGGAGAGCCCGUCCAAGAUGAAGCGUUCCAAGGGCAUCCAUGUGUUCAAGAAGCCCAGCUUCUCCAAGAAGAAGGAGAAGGACUUCAAGGUGAAGGAGAAGGAGAAGGAGAAGGGCCCCAAGGAGGCCAAGGACAAGAAGUCUAAGGACCUCACGGCCGCUGACGUGGUCAAGCAGUGGAAGGAAAAGAAGAAGAAGAAGAAGCCUGUUGCUGUCACUGAGGCCGAGCCGGUCCCAGUUGAGGUCCCCACCUUCAGGCCAAUCUUUGGCGCCCCUUUGGCGGAGGCGGUGAAGCGGACCGCCCUGUACGACGGCAUCCAGCUGCCGGCCAUCUUCAGAGAGUGUGUGGACUACAUUGAGAACUACGGCAUGAAGUGUGAGGGCAUCUACAGGGUCUCAGGUAUGAAGUCCAAGGUGGACGAGCUGAAGGCAGCGUACGACCGCGAGGAGUGUCCCUGUCUGGAGGAGUACGAUCCCCACACGGUGGCCAGCCUCCUCAAACAAUACCUGCGCGAGCUCCCCGAGAAUCUGCUGGGCCGCGACCAGGCCCAACGCUUCGAGGACGUGUGCGGGCGCCAGGCAGAGGCCGACAAGGUGACGGAGUUUCAGAGGCUCCUGGCCGAAGUGACGCCCAAUAGCCGGCUCCUCCUUGGCUGGCUGGUCACACACAUGGACCACGUCAUAGCCAGGGAGGCUGACACCAAGAUGAACAUCCAAAACAUCUCCAUUGUCCUCAACCCUACAAUACAGAUCGGAAAUCGGGUUCUCUACAUGUUCUUCACGCAUGUGAAGGACCUGUUUGGGGAUGUUGUUCUGAGGCAGGUAGUGAGGCCCCUUCGCUGGUCCAACAUGGCUACCAUGCCGGCGCUGCCCGAGACUCAAGACAGCAUCAAAGAGGAGAUCAGGAGACAGGAGUUCCUGCUAAACUGCCUGCACAGAGACCUUCAAGCGGGUGUGAAGGACUUGUCCAAAGAGGAGCGUCUCUGGGAGGUCCAGAGAAUCCUCACCGCUCUCAAACGCAAGCUGAGAGAGGCCAAGCGUCAAGAGUGUGAAAGUAAAAUAGCUCAGGAGAUUGCCAGCCUCUCCAAGGAGGACGUUUCAAAAGAGGAAAUGACUGAAAACGAAGAGGAAGUGGUCAACCUCCUUUUGGCGCAGGAGAAUGAGAUCCUGACAGAGCAGGAGGAGUUGAUCUCUCUGGAGCAAGUCUUACGGCGACAGAUCGCAACCGAGAAGGAAGAGAUUGAGCGUCUCCGGGCAGAAAUCGCAGACAUCCAGAGUCGGCAGCAGGGUCGCAGCGAAACAGAGGAGUAUUCAUCUGAGAGCGAGAGCGAAAGCGAGGAUGAGGAGGAGCUGCAGAUCAUCCUGGAAGACCUGCAGAAACAAAACGAAGAACUGGAGAACAAAAACACCCACUUGAACCAGGCCAUCCACGAGGAGCAGGAGGCAAUCUUGGAGCUGCGCGUCCAGCUGCGCCUCCUGCAGGGCCACAAGCUUCAGCAGGACUCAGCCGUCCAGCCGCCGUCCGAGCAGCAGGCGCAGCCGCCCGCCCAGCCUAGCCCAGAAGCCAGAGGCGGCGAGGAGCAGCAGGCCAAGCGUCCCGUCAACACAGCGCCGACCACCAGCGACAGCACUGCGGCGCCCGCUGCCAAGGCGGCUAAGGAUCCUCCAAAGCCGUCACCGAGCAAAGAUAAGCGGGACGCAAGUGUGUGAGCCAUCAUUUCCUUUCUUCCAUGAGCCUGUAAGGAGAUGCAGGGGUGAAAGAUAAGAGAGACAUGUGAACCCAAUCAAGUUACGAUUGACACCGUGCCAAAAUCAAGACUAAACAACCGCUUACAACUAAAGCUCUUUCAAAACAAAGAUGAUUUCAAAGAAAGCUGGUAAUAUAUAUAUAUAUACACACACCGUAUUUUUCGGAGUAUAAGUCGCACCGGCCGAAAAUGCAUAAUAAAGAAGGAAAAAAACAUUUAAGUCGCACUGGAGUAUAAGUCGCAUUUUUGGGGGAAAUUUACCGUAAUUUCCGGACUAUAAGCCGCACCUGACUAUAAGCCGCACCAGCUAAAUUUAGGGGAAAAUACAGAUUGCUCCAUAUAUAAGCCGCACCCGACUAUAAGCCGCAGGGUUUUGAUGUGUAAUUAGCGUAGUAUAUAGGGGUUCCUGCUACCACGGAGGGGAUUGUCGGGACAGAGAUGACUGUUUGGGAACGCAAAGCGUCCCAUUUAUUAACAAUAAAUCUUUCAAUCAUUCAAUCAAACUUUCACAUCUUUGACAUGGCGAACAGCAUUCGUGCAGAGUACAAAUAAUACAACGCUGCAAAGUAAUACAAAGUGCUCGCAUGUACGUUAUCAAAAUAACCAGCCUACCGGUAUAUGAAAAGUCAGUCUUUAAUCAUUGUGUCAUCGUCUUCCUCCUGCGUACUAAAACCACCGAAAUCCUCUUCGUCCGUGUCGGAGAAGAACAGGCCGUAAAUAAGCCGCAGGGACCAGAACGAGGGGGGAAAAGUAGCGGCUUAUAGUCCGGAAAUUACGGUAUUUGAUAAAACCUAACACCAAGAAUAGACAUUUGAAAGGCAAUUUAAAAUGUCUAAAGAAUAGUGAACAACAGGCUGAAUAAGUGUACGUUAUA